AUGUCGGCUCUCUUUCGAAACAGAUUCAAACCCAACAACGAUGGAGACCGUAACAGCUCGACUGUUCAAUCGGUCACAGCCAGCGGCGAUGUUCAAGUCUCUGAUGGUGAUCGGAAAUACGUUGGACAGCAAGGUGGAAAUGAUGCACCUGUCGGAUACCAAGAGACAAGUGGAGCUCCGGUUGAGGUGCAGUCACCUUUGGGAUACAGCGUCGGGCCAGUGACCAUCGUGUUUCUCAAUCUGUCGAAGAUGGUAGGCACUGGUAUCUUUUCAACUCCUUCGGCGAUCCUGAGAGGUACAGGAUCUGUUGGACUCUCGCUCAUAUUCUGGUUCAUCGGACUUUUGACUUCCAUGUCCUCGCUCUCAGUCUACCUCGAAUACGCCGCAUACUUUCCAUCUCGAUCCGGAUCUGAAGUCGCAUACUUGGAACAGGCAUACCCAAGACCCAAAUGGUUCUUUCCUACGACGUUUGCUAUCCAGUCUGUGAUACUUUCGUUCUCUAGCGGUAACGCUGUGGUCAUGGCUCGAUACCUUUUCGCAAUCGGAGACCAUAAGCCGUCCAAUUGGGAGAUCAAAGGACUGGCAAUAGCUUGCUACACGAUCGCGGUCCUAUUCGUGAUCUUCCACACGAGGUUUUCUUACAUUGCAAGCAACACCAUUGGAGCGAUCAAGCUCGUCACGCUGGUAUUUAUUGCCAUUACUGGACUGGUCGUUUUAGGUGGCCAUACCAGCAUCAAAAGUCCCAAGCUGAACUUCCAGAAUGCUUUCGAUGGAGAAGCGUCGCCUUAUGGCGUUACAAACGCGAUGUACAAAAUCAUAUUCGCUUAUGCUGGCUAUGAGAACGCCUUCAACGUGGUCAAUGAAGUCAAGAACCCUGUAAAGAGAAUCCGAAACUAUGGAUUUGCCGCUGUCACACUGGUCGCAGUCCUCUACAUUCUCGUCAAUAUUGCAUUCUUCGCCGCCAUCCCGAAGGAAGAGAUCAUUGCCGGCAAGGAGAUCGCUGCAGGCCUGCUGUUCACCAAAGUCUUCGGCAGCCACGGCGCUGUGCGUGGACUGAACUUCUUGAUCGCGCUCAGCUCCUUCGGAAAUCUUAUUGCAGUUCUCCUUGGGUCAUCACGAGUCAUCCGUGAGUGUGGUCGUCAAGGUGUGCUUCCUUGGCCAUCGUUUUGGGCAUCUACAAAGCCUUUCGGGACGCCAGCAGGCCCGUAUCUUGUCAAGUGGGCAUUGACCAUCAUCAUGAUUCUGGCUCCACCCGCCGGAGACGCGUUCAGUUUCAUCACUGACUUGCAGAUCUAUCCAAGCUCAGUGUUCAACCUGCUCAUGGCAGCUGGUAUCUACGUUCUGCGGUACCAUCGCGGAAAACUGGGCUUACCGAGGCCGACCUUUAAGGCCUGGAAUGUGGUCCUCGUGUUCAACAUCGCAGUUCAACUUUACCUCAUCAUUAUGCCGUGGUAUCCACCGACGGGCGGUGCCAACGGCGGGGAUGUUUCCUUUUGGUAUGGGACGUAUAUUGUCGUCGGAAUCUCGAUUCUGGUCAUCUGCACAAUCUACUACAUCACUUGGAUUAUCGUUCUGCCGAAGCUUCGAGGAUACAAGAUGCGUCAAGAGCUGCUUCUUCUCGGAGACGGCGCGCAGACACACGUAUUGGUCAAGGUGCCUCUGAGUCAAGUCGACGAUUGGGAUGCAACUCACGAUGCUAAUGGAGCGAGAUACGAUCAUGUCAGCGAUAUUGGUUCGCAGGACGAAAAGGUCGUGGUCAUUGCUGGGCCCUAG